AUGCUCGUCGCGGCGCCCUCGAACGCCGCCGCUCGCCCGCCUGCUGGCCGCGGGGACCCAUUCAUCAACACGCGCAACCGCACCGAUGUCGUCAUCGAGCCACUCCAGGCCGAACACCCGACGCUCGCCCUCACGACGCCCGCCUCGCGCAAACCCAACAAGACCGACAAGCCGUCUGCGGACCCGCCGGCCGCGGAGCUCUCCAACGACCUGCCCUCCCCCUUUUGUCCCUUUAUGCGCGAGCCCUCGUCCGCGCCUGACCGCGCCCAGCAGCUGUUGUGGGCCGUCCUCCUGCUGCUCGGAGCGUGCGGCGUGCGGCUGUGCGAGUGGUGGCCGCCGCGCUUCGGUGCGGCCUCUGGGCAGAGGAGCAAAGGGCGCCUCGUGCGGUGCCGGACGGGGUUGUGCCGCGGCGCAUGGCUUCUCGUCGCGCUGCUCCCGCUCGCAUGUGCGCUGUCGCCGUCGCCGCCAUCGCCGCCACCGCCCGGCAGUAGCUGCGAGAACGCCAUGCCCUUCGAUGGGGCGGGUGAAGCCUCCUUCAACGUCUCCAUUGCCUCAACCGACGCUGGCCCGGGUCCCGGCGCAUACAACUCAACGCAGUGCCAAGGCACAAAUUUCAACCCAGACGAGUACGGCAGCGUCUUCUGGCUGCGCCUCACCGACGUGCGCAAGUUUCCCCUCGAGCUGCAUACCUGCGCGGCCGACACAUUCUGGCACACCGACCUGUCCAUCUUCACGGGAAGCUGCGACACGCUCACGCAGCACGGGGGCGUCGUCUACGCGGAUCGCAGUGUGGUCUCGAUAAUCGGCUCCACCGUGACGGGCUGCUCGGCUGUCUCUGACGGCGGCGUCAUCUACGCGCGGAACAGCGGCGCGGUCUCGCUAAUGAAUACGUCCAUGACGGGCUGCUCUGCUGAUGACGGCGGCGUCAUCUACGCGAGUAACAGCGGUGCGGUCUCGAUAAUCGGCUCGGCCGUGACUGGCUGCUCUGCUUCUUUCGGCGGCGUCGUCAGGGCGUGGAACAGCGGUGCGGUCUCGAUAACCAGGUCGAACGUGACUGGCUGCUCUGCUCGGCACGGGGGCGUCGUCUACGCGGAUCGCAGUGUGGUCUCGAUAAUCGGCUCCACCGUGAUGGGCUGUUCGGCUGUCUCUGACGGGGGCGUCGUCUACGCGAAGGACAGCGGUGCGGUCGUCUCGAUAACCGACUCAGACGUGACGGGCUGUUCGGCUCAGUGGUCCGGCGGCGUCGUCUACGCGAGGAACAGCGGUGCGGUCUCGCUCAUCGACACGACCGUGACUGGCUGCUCAGCUGGCGAGUACGCCGGCGUCGUCUACGCGCUUAACAGCGGUGCGGUCUCGAUAAUCAGAUCGAACGUGACUGGCCGCUCUGCUCGGAUACUGUUUGGCUUCUACCAGAUUGUCACCGUCUUGUCCACCACCUACUCCACGCGUCUGCCUCCAGAGUACACGGGCUGGACCGACGCAGUAGCCAACGCCGUCUCCAUCGACUGGUCGGGCCUUUUCUUGCCACAGCAGUGCCUCGGCUACGGUUUGCGGCUGCUCGGCAUCGCCCUCUCGCCCAUCGCCCUCAUAGCGCUGCUAAUGAUCGCUGGAGUAAGCCUGCGGCUCCACGGCUGUCGCGCCGCCCCGGCGCCGCACGCGAGGCCGUGGUACGCACUGGCGGCCCUCGGCCUCCUCGACCUCACGCCGGCCGGCCUCGUGCUCGUCUUCUGCUUUGCCUACACCAUCUCUCCGCCCGGCGAGUCGCUGCGGCACGUCUCCUACAUGCGGCUGGACGCGAGCGUCGAGUGCAGCACCGAGGAUCACAAGUCUAUCACCGCCCUCGCCAUCGGCUUCAUCGUCCUCUGGCCCGUCGGUUCGUUGGUCCUCUUCACGGCGCUCCUCUUCGCUUGCUACAAGCCGCUGCAGGCCAAGACGCCGACGGCGCUGACGCGAGCGACCGCCUUCCUUCAUCGGGAGUACAAAUUGACCUUUUACUGGUGGGAGGCGUUGGAGCUGGCCCGCAAGCUCGUGCUGACGGGCUUCGUGCUGCUGAUCCCGGAGGAGAACGCCUUGCUUCGGCUCGUGGUGGCAACGCUCAUCUGCUCCUUCUAUGUCGCGCUCGUCGCCGCCACCAAGCCGUACAAGCGUGUCGAGGAUUCUGUCCUCGCCGUCGCGAUGAGCCUCAUCCUCCUCCUUUUCUUCCUCGGCGCCAAUUGGACCACCAUUUUCCUCCGCAUCGUGGAGCGCUCCGGAACCGAUGACGCGGCCGCCGUAUUCGGUUUCAGCAAGCUUAACCCGAUCGUCAGCACGAUGAUCGGCCUCGCCGGAGUCGCGCUCUUGAUCUCCCUCGCCGGCGCCGUCGUCGCCGCCCGCCGCACCGCCAAGGUCCCAACGAUCCGCCUGGUCUCCACCAAGCAGCCGCCCGAACUCACCCUCGCGCGGGGCCUCGCGUGGCACCUCUUCCUCUCGCACAUCUGGUCGACUGGUCAGGACACCGUCGGAGUCAUCAAGAGCGAGCUGCAGCUGCUGCUGCCAGGCAUCAAAGUCGAUGAUCUCAAAGACAUCGGGGCGCUCGAGGAGUACAUCCGACGCACGCAAAUGAUCCUCUUCUUCCUCUCGCAGGGCUACUUCCGCUCACCGGCGCUCGCACGCCGCCCGGCCACGCCUCCCCAAAGCAGCGCGAGCCGCCGAGCCCCCCCUCGACACUCCCCGCGGCUCACCCUUCGCUUGUCCAGCAAGCCGCUCGUCCUCGUGCAAGAAGCGGACCCGGCCAAGGGCGGCGGGACGCUGCAGGCGCUGCGCGACGAGUGCCCCGACGAACUGCAGUCGGACAUCUUUGACCAGGGCCGCACGCAGACGACGUGGUAUCGCAUCGAGGAGUUCCAGCGCGUCUCGCUGAAGAUCAUCGUCGAGGCGCCGUUAGCGGUGCUCCUCUGCUCGCCCGACUACGUGAGGCAAGACGCCCUCGGCCUCUACGUGCCGGGUGAGCCGCGCACCCACUCGUUCGCCCUUGCGAAGCCCGUGACGCUCUGGGCCUCGCCGGCCAACGCGGGCGCACUGGAGCUGGCCAACGAGCUCGCCGACGCCUUUGCCAGCCUCGCCGUCUCCACGGCCGAGGACCGCGGCUCUGCUACAGCUUCUCACCGCCGCUCCAGUAUCAUGCGCCGCUCGGCGCCGCGCCGCGCCGGCGACGCGACGCACAUGCUGCUCUACCUCAACGAGGACACCUGGUCGGACGAGAGGCUGGCCGAGCAGGUCAGGCAGGCGCGCGAGGACAGGCUGCCGAUCGUGAUGGCGCACGAGAACGACCCCGACAAGGGCGGCGUGCCCUUCUCGCGCUUCUUUGAGACCACGCCGCAGGAGAGCGAUUCUCUCAGUGGCGCGGCCAUCCCGCCGAGCUCAUCGCCGGAGGCCUCUACAAGGACCUGGCGAAAUCGUGCUACCCUGGGCGCCACCACGAGGCGCGCGGCGGCGGUGUCGCUGGUGCUCGUGGCUAAGGGCCUCGGCGCGACUCCGGCCCGGGCAAGGGUGGACCUCCGCCGUUGGAAGAGGCUCGUCUGCCGCGCCGUUGGCGGCCUCUUCGAACGGACGGUCCGCGGCGGCGGCGGCGACGACGGUGGCGACGUCGGCCACGAGACAUCGGUGGGGCAGCAAUCCGUCUAG